AUGCCGUUGGAACUGGCACCCCCGAAUGAAGCAGCGUGGUCGAUCCAGAUCUGGAUGACCCCGUCGACCACAUACAUCACACAGACGUACCGCUGGUCUUCGGGUGCGAUCGGCGGAAUGGUCCUGAAUAAGACGAAAUUUAGUGGAGCCGGGUUUGGGAAUAACACCCAGAGGGCUAGUGUGAAAGAAACCUAUGAGGCAUUCCAGGCAAUCUGGGGAAAACGGGCCAGAGGAGGAAAGGGGAAAGGAAUCCGGAACACCAAGGCACCAGCCAAAUCGGAUGCCUUUAGGAACAUCCGCGAACUCCUUGAGUACUCCAGCACGUUCGAGGAGUUCGUGCCACUUCUCCCAGAGGAAGGGAGUGACAACUGGCAGAAACCCGUCACUGUGAGCACAUUUGAGACGUGUGAGGGCCUCCACAGCGUGUGCAGAGGUGGCGUCGAAGGUGAUGAAGGAGGUGCGGGUAGUGCCGCAGGCACGGGAGCGGCACUCAGAACUCCCACAGAAGAUACAUCUAUGUGCGGAGGCAUGGGCCUGUGGGGCAGGCCAAGCUGUAGAGGUUGGGGCUGUGAAAUUCUUGGGGGCUGCAGACGGAACAGUGGGGGUAUGAAAGGAGGAUGUGGCAGAGCCAGAGCGUGCACCAGACGGAAAGGACGAGGAGGAAGGCUGGAGAGCUGGGGUGUUGUGCUCCUGGACAAUGGCGCGCCAGACUUCUUCCUGCCACUCGAAGGGGGCAAAGGAGUGGUCGUGCACGAAGGAUUGCCUCACCCGGAUAUCAUACUUCAAGUAGAGGUGGAAGUUGACAAAAAAAGUCAUAGCGGCGGGAAAGGACGGCGCGGCCACGCGUGGAGCCAUUCUUCAGAUGACAGGUUCCUCUCCGAUUUACCGUUGAAUUGGGGAGCGGUAACAGUGAGGACACCCCCUUUGACAGAGAGUGCCUGGUCGGCGUCAGACUGGGCGCGUGAGGAGGAGCCGAGUUGGAGAAGGGACUUGGUGGAUAGGGCAGACAGGGGAAUGUGUACUGCCCAGUUGUGCCACAGAGCGGUGGCCACCACCUUGGAUUCUGGAAGGGAAAGGGGGCAGAAAAGUAAGCCCAGGAAGGAAUGGGAGAGAAGGAGAGGCGCCUGGAAGCACCAGGAAGGAAGGUGCAGGGGGGGGGACAUCAAGGGAGGGCGCAUAUAUGCGCCCAAAGGAGGUCCAGGGAAGGCCCAGGAGGUCUGGGAAGGCGGGGAAGGAGGAGCAGAGGAAAUGCUUACCUGGAAGGGAGGUAGGCAGGGGUGGAAACCCACUGCCGGACACAGGAGGCAGCAAGGUCUCCACGUCCAACACAGCUGCGUGGUCGCAGAAUGCCAGGCGGACCUGGGCUCGAACUGUAGGGUCGAGGAGGUCGUGGCCAGCGAGGAAGGAGGGGGAAGGGAGGAGGAACGCCCAGGAGAGCGACCCCCUGGGAUGUGGAGGGUGAGACCGGAAGGAGCAGGAGAGGGGAGUGCUGAAGGGCCCGGUAAAGGCGAGGCUGGGGAGAAGCCUUGGAAUUCUGGAGGGAAGGCCCUCUGCUUCCCUUUGGAUUUUUUGGUAGCAGGGGGAGCAGCCAGAAUGCAUAUGCACUCUGCCACGAGGAGGAUGCACUGGCGGGGCAGCCCAGGUGCGGUGUUUUCAGCCAAGUUGGCCAAGUCUGCCAGGGUGUCAGCGGGAGGUGAAUCUGCACCGGCGGAACUACUACAAGGCGGAUACCUCGUGGUGCAGGAACAAGAAGGAUACUUCCGAUGGAAGCGCACCACAACAGAUCAGCCCAAAACCCCGCAUCCCACGCUCUCGUGCCUCGUGCUGGAAUGCAAUCAAGACUACAGUGGCCUUUACUCUCGUCUGGACGACCAAAUGCGCGAUUUCCGUGAGGAACAGGCUCAGCUCACCGAACAUGUAAGGCGAGGAUUUGGAUUGGCCAGCCCAGAGCUGUUCCCUAUUUUCUGGGGAAGUAAAAUUGAAGCUGUAACUCAGGAUGAAUUGGACGGUAGUCGACAAGGAGAAGUAGAAAUCAUCAUAUCAUCAUUUGAAAUACACUCUUCUUGGUGA